UAUUGGCUCUUCUGUCCUGAGACAAAAGCAAAUUUGAAUGGCACUAUAUAAAGACAAGUACACUCCCAUCUCUAACAGUGAGAAGUGACAGUGCAUAUCCUGCUGGGUAGGAAUCAAGCCUAUAUUAAAGUUAUCAGUGCAGCCCAGCAAACAGGUACAUUUCAAGGCUAUAAUGAACCCUGCUAAACUGAGAGCCAGGACUGAAAACCACUUCAGCGAAGAGCAAGAAAUGGAUAAUUUAGGGAAAAGAGCUUGGGAUAACCCUGCAUUUGAUGGUUCUCCAUCUCUGAAGAUUAAAGCCAUUUACAAUCCCAAAACUGUUUUGGAGAAUCCGUAUGACAACCUGGAGCACCUGGGGGACCCCCCACCCUACCAAGAGAAGAAACACAAAAGAAACCCCUGUUCCCAGUUCUGUAUGUAUAUUGUUAAAGGAAUAAGAGGACUGUGGGGAACAACUUUGACAGAGAAUACAGCAGAAAACCGGGAGCUUUAUAUUAAGACCACGCUGAGAGAGCUUCUUGUGUAUAUCAUCUUCUUGGUGGACAUCUGUCUUUUGACCUAUGGCAUGACAAGCACCAAUACUUACUAUUACACAAAUGUGAUGUCCAAGCUCUUCAUUGACACCCCAUCAGACAGUGGAGUUACAUUCAAAGCUAUAAGCAACAUGGAUGAUUUUUGGUCGUAUUUACAGGGUCCACUGCUAGAUGGUCUUUACUGGACUAAAUGGUACAAUAAUGCCUCUUUAACUGGAAAUACGAAUUCCUUAAUCUACUACGAGAACCUUUUGCUUGGAGUCCCCCGCAUGCGGCAGCUUAAAGUAAAAAACAACUCCUGCGUUGUGUACAAAGACUUUAAAGAUGAAAUUAUUGGCUGUUUUGAUGUGUAUUCUAAAGAAAAAGAGGACACAUGCCAAUUUGGCCUUAUAAAUGGGACAGCAUGGACGUAUUACACAGAGGAAGAGCUUGGGGGAUCAUCCUACUGGGGUAAAAUGACAACAUACAGCGGUGGAGGAUAUUACAUCGAUCUCGAGUUGACCAAACCAGAAAGUAUUAGACAACUGCAAAUACUGAAAAAUAACCUCUGGUUGGACAGAGGCACCCGUGCAGUGUUUAUUGACUUCUCUGUGUAUAAUGCCAACAUCAAUCUUUUUUGUGUUCUCAGGCUUGUGGUGGAAUUCCCUGCGACAGGGGGCGCAAUUCCAUCUUGGCAGAUUCGGACGGUGAAGCUCAUUCGAUACAUCUCCAGAUGGGAUUACUUCAUUAUUGCCUGUGAGAUCGUCUUCUGUUUGUUCAUCUCUUACUAUGUCGUGGAGGAAAUUCUGGAACUCAGAAUUCAUAAAUUCGGAUAUUUUACAAGUAUUUGGAAUAUCCUAGAUGUUAUCGUCAUAUUGCUUUCCCUUGUAGCCAUUGGAUUUCACAUCUUUCGAACCAUGGAGGUUAAUAGACUGAUGGGAACUCUGUUGAAAAAUCCAACCAUAUAUGCAGAUUUCGAAUUCCUGGCCUUUUGGCAGACUCAGUACAAUAACAUGAAUGCUGUGAACCUCUUCUUUGCUUGGAUUAAAAUCUUCAAGUAUAUUAGCUUUAAUAAGACAAUGACGCAACUUUCCUCGACUCUCGCCCGCUGUGCAAAGGACAUUUUGGGCUUUGCUAUAAUGUUCUUCAUUGUAUUUUUUGCCUAUGCCCAGCUUGGCUAUCUUCUGUUUGGAACACAAGUGGAAAACUUUAGCACUUUCGUCAAAUGCAUAUUUACUCAGUUCCGGAUAAUCCUUGGAGAUUUUGAUUAUGAUGCCAUUGACCACGCCAACAGAAUACUAGGACCUAUUUACUUUGUCACAUAUGUUUUCUUUGUAUUCUUUGUGUUAUUGAAUAUGUUUUUGGCUAUCAUCAAUGAUACAUAUUCUGAAGUAAAAGAGGAGCUUUCAGGCCAGAAGAAUGAGCUCCAAUUUUCUGACAUUCUGAAGCAGGGCUACAAGAAGACCUUACUGAAGCUUAAACUGAAAAAAGAAAGGAUUUCUGAUGUGCAAAAAGCUCUGCAAAAUAGCACAAAGGAUCUGAAAUUUGAAGAGUUUAAGAACAGUUUACGAGAGAUGGGCCACGAUGACAAUGACAUUUCUGCAGCAUUUGCCAACUUUGACCAGGAUGGUAAUAGGAUUCUUGAUGAGGAGGAACAGAAGAGAAUGAAACAAAUCUUGGAGGAAAGAAGGGUGGCUCUAAAUGCUGAAAUUGAGACCCUGGGAAGAUCCUACAGGAACAAGAGACAGGAGGAAGAAGUCAAUUUAGAUGAUAUAAAGAAUGACAUUUCUUCUAAAGGGAGCUGGGUAUCACAAGAUGAGUUUGAAAUAUUUUUAAAGCGGUUACAACAACUUGAAUUCUCCAUCAGUGGAAUCAUGAGAAAAAUUGAGUCCGUAGAGAUGAAAUUAGAGUCGAUGGAAACAAACCGAAUGAAGCAGACGAACAUUGCGGACAGCAAACAGAACAACAUAGUGAAAGAGAAACAGUUUAGCCAAGAAGAAAUUCUGCAUCGCAAUCUAGGGCAGCUUGUAAAGGAAGAAAAAGAAGGUUGGGAGUCAGAAUUUAAACCCAGGAAUGUGAUAGAUCCCACAGUCAGAAACAGCAGCCUCUAUGCCAACAUGACCGGCUCCCAGAAUUCCUUGAAUCUUCCAUAAAGUCAGGGAAAGUGUUUAACCAUGUGUCGUGUACCUGUCACCAUUCUGCUAAAUAAUGAAUAGCUCAAAGGACUGCAGUUAGGAGAAGUGAAUCGUUGUUAUUAUUGUUGCAGUUUCACUUUGUAGUUAUUGAAUUGCCUAUGAAUGGUAAUUGUAGUAGUUUUCCUGCAGUAGGUUUCCUGCAAACAGCCUUUUGGUUUGAAACACAUUUCUUACCUUCCUUCAUAUCCAUGGGACCUGCUUCUCUUAGUUAUGAGAGGAUUGUGUGUACUUUUUACUGCCAUUGUCGCAUUUAAGCUUCUCAAAGUUUUAGCAAAUACUGUUAGGAGCCGAGUACUAUUUAUCAUCAAUCAAUGUGUUAAAGCUCAGGGUCCCAAACUGUAGGGGCUCAAACAGUUUAUGGGGGAUGGUCCAGCCAAUUACUGUGAGAUUAGGCAGUUGAUGCUCAUUUACAAACCUAGAUAUUGUUGAAACUAUAGCAGGAUAUGAAUAUUCCAGUAAUGUUGGAAUAAGGCAAGCGGGAUAAAAAUCAUACAUACUCGGGUGUGGUUUGUCCAAACGCUUAUUUUAAUACACAAUUCUUUUUGCUCCUCUUGGCUGAAGACUCAUUAGCCUGUGCCACUGGGCCCCCACCACACACGAUCAGUUCCUACCCAGUUGGCCACUAGAACUACAACUAUAUUCCUGUAUAUUUUCUGUAGCCCAAGAUGCAUGAUAUUUAAAAACACAAAAAAUACAGAUUCCCCACAUUCAAUUUUGUUCAGUUUUGGUGAUGUAUUAAAACCUAGGUAUGGACCCUUUUAUCAAGAAUUUUUGGGACCUGUUUUCCAAAUAAUGGAUCUUUCUGUAAUGUCGAUCACAAUACUUUAAAGUGGCUAAAACAUCUAAACAAUUAAUAAACCCAACUUCUUUCUUUUCCUAAAAUUUUGCUGCUCUCAGCUGCAUAGCUACAUUGUAGAGAGGCCUUUUACCUAACUAUAGAACACUUACCUGUUCACUUAUUAAGACUAUAUACCCACGGGCAUCUCUUCAUGUAUUUUCAUGCUGCUAAAUAUGUGUAGUGAACGUGAGGCCUGUAAGUCAAAUAAGUGGUUAUACAGUAUUUAAGGUGACGUGAUCAAAAUCCCAAGAGCACAACAAAAUUUGUGGAUACAUAUUGGAGUUUGAAACUAGCAGGGCCAGUUUUCACUAUUUGCUUACAUGGUUUUACUAAUAAAACACAGAAAGACAUUUUCCAAGA